GCUAUUGUCUCGUUAUAAGUUUAUUAUAAGCAGCGCGCGAGCCGCAGCGCACUGUCAAACGGAGCGCGAGGAGGAGCAGGGAGCGAGCUGCAGACUGCGGGUUGGAAGGAGAGACACCGAGAAGGGAGAAGAAGGAGAAGAAAAAGGCGACGGACAGGGAAGAGAACAGAGGGGGGAAAACAUCUGGAUUAUUUACCGAAGACACAAGAAAAGCAGCCCGCGUGAGUGCGAUAUAUAUAUAUAUAUAUUUAAAAUAAGCUGACAGGAGUUUGAAAGAGACCAAAAACCGAGAGUCCCGGGAGGUACCGGGGACACAGAACAACUCUGACUGCUUCGAACAAUACUCACUAUUUCCUAAGAAAAUAAAAAAAAGCGGCUGAAGAAAGACCAGAAGCUCUCGUUUUGACCCGCAGACCGGUGUUUCUUUGCACCGGCUCAUCUCCAUGUAUAAAAUGGAUUACUCCUACCUGAACUCCUAUGACUCCUGCAUGGCGGCCAUGGAAGCGUCGGCCUACGCGGACUUCAGCUCGUGCAGCCAGGCCAGCUCGUUCCAGUACAACCCGAUCCGGAGCGGGCCGUUCUCCAACCCGGGCUGCACUCCGCUCAGCACCGCCAGCUGCACCCUGGGAGCGCUGCGGGAGCACCAGCCCACGCCUUACUCCUCAGUCCCUUACAAGUUUUUCUCGGACCCUUCCGGCCUGAACGAGAAGCGAAAGCAGCGGCGCAUCAGAACCACCUUCACCAGCUCCCAGCUGAAGGAGCUGGAGCGGGUCUUCGCCGAGACGCACUACCCCGACAUCUACACCCGCGAGGAGCUGGCGCUGAAAAUAGACCUGACGGAGGCUCGGGUACAGGUGUGGUUUCAGAACCGGCGCGCCAAGUUCCGUAAGCAGGAGCGUGCCGCCAACGCCAAAGCCAACAACUCUGGCGGCACCACGGGCAGCAGCUCCGGCAGCAGCUCCGGAGGCAAGAAGGGCGGCGAGCUGAGGUCCUCGUCCGACGACGACGAGUCCAAGGAGUCCACCUGCAGCCCCACGCCGGACAGCACGGCCUCCCUGCCGGGCUCGGCCAACGGGAACCUGGGCAGCCCCGCCAGCCUGAGCCCCAGCCCGGCCCCGGCCAACGGCGGCUACAUCAACACCUCCGGCUCCCCGGUCCUCCAGGGGCUGAAGCCGCCCAGCUGGUCCAGCCUGGGGCCGUCCAACCCGGCCGUGGCCCAGCCGGCCGCCCAGACUCAGGAGAUUCUGAAGGCCUGGCAGCCGGCGGACAGUAUGACCGGGCCCUUUGCCGGAGUGCUGUCCUCCUUCCACAGAAAACCCAACCCGGCCAUCAAGACAAACCUGUUCUGAAGCUGCAGGGAGAGAGAGAGAGAGAAAACAAAAAGAAAAGAGAAACAAACAUUGUGCUGUUGUGGAACGGUGGAGAGUUUCUGUAGCUUUUUGUUGAGGGUCAGGGCUCACCCAUCAUAACACUGAAUUCACCGGUGUAGUCGGCUGUACUUCUCGGAGGCCCGCGGUCCUUCCACAUCAAAAAAUAAUCAAAUAAAAAAACUCUCGUCUCAAACCGA